AUGGAAAUAGAGCUCUCUAUGGCAGAAACUGAAUUUUUCGCUGAAAGCCAACUAAUCACAAUAGUCCCAAACUUCAGAGAAGACCAAAUAAUCUUACUAUGUGGCCAAUUUGGCCCGUUUCGGCCCUCAAUUCCUCUAGAUGUCCCAUUAUGACUCGCAAUUUUUUUAAAAAAGCAGCAUAAAUGCCAAAUUGUUCCUCCUUCUUGAAUGGAUCUUGAAGUUCUCAGCAAUAAAGUCGAGGUCGAGCGCAAAACUGAGGGUUUCGCCGAAAUUGAUUUUCACUAUUUAGAAACUUCUUCUAUGCUUUUGACCCAUGCUCAAGAAGAUAUAAAACAUAAAAGUGUUAUAGGAAGGCUUAUUCAAGAUCUAUAUGAUCUAAGGACUGCGAAAAUCAGGGAUAUCAUAAAAGAAUUAAAACCGGAAAAUUCUAAGCUGAAAUUGACAAAUAUCGCAGCUAUUGAGCUUCAGACACUUAGAAGGCUAUUGGUAUGUACAUUUGAUACGAUUUCCCAAAUCAAUAGAAAGGAAGAGCAAGUUGAGGAUGAAAAAAAUAAUGAAAAUGCAGCUCCACAGUAG